AGUCUUUGUGAAGCCAGUCUGGUAAAACAGAAAGUGUGACUUGCAGGAUUUUAAUAUCAAGUGGGUGUGCAGUGAGGAUAACAAAAAAAGAAGAAACCAGUCAUGAAGAUGCUGGAGCGAUUUUCCUUUUCGCACCUUGACCCCUUGUCUGUGGGGGUCGGCGUCGGCCUUGGCGGCUUCCUAUUUCUGUUGACGUGGCAGGCGUGUGGCACCAUGUCAGGAGUCUUCAGGCGGAUGUCCAACUUUGUCUUCCGCUUUAACCGGAAGUCUCGGUCAGCAGACGACAACGCCGCUGAUGACAAAAGCAAGGAUCGGAAGGGUCGACGGAACAGGCCAAAGGCGGAGGAGGCCAAAAAUGCCGAAAACGAGGCGGCGACACCUGCGCCGGCAGGAGUAACCGGUCCGGAUGUUACCGAGACCACACGAGUGAAGGAGGUCGCGCGUGCCGGGGGUCCCGCAGAGGGCGCCACUCGCGCAGAGGUUCACAUAGAGGGCGACACAGAGCGCCAGCCGCAGGAAGGCUCAGAGGCAGAGGAUAUCAUGUCGGAGGAUGCGAAAGGAAGAAAAAAGAAGCGAGGAAAGAAAGACAAAGGGAAGAAGAAGGGAAAAGAUGGCGUUGGCAAGGAGAACAGUGUCAAGGACCAGACGAAGCCCUUGCAGGAUGGAAAGAAAGACGGGAAACAGUCCAGACCUGCCGAGAAUGAACAUAUCAUCGCUGUCCCUGCAGCAGCAACGCAGCUGGCUCCGGAGGUUCCACCAACGUCCGCAGAGAUAGUCAGGGUAGCGGGGAGGAGCUUGCGAUGAUAAAGGAAAACGAAGACCUCACGGAGGACAACACCAGCGACGUUUCUGGAAACCGCGAGAGCAGCAAGGAGGACGAGGUGUCCCGAUUCGACACUCCGUUGCUUCUGAAUGACAUCGAGUCUCUGCUGAAGAAAAGGGAAAAGGAGGAGGAGAUAGGCAGUCUCCGCAGCAGAGACAGCCAAGAACAACUGGAUGCCGAGGCCUUGUUGGCCAUCCAGGAGGACGCGGAGUCAACCAACUCGGUUGAAUCCUUCGGGGCAUCGGGGCCCGACCGUGACAGAUCCGAAACCUCGGGCGUAGGGGUCCUGAAGAGGAUCCUGCGACGGAAGAUCAGCAAGACCCUCUUAAAGGUCGACCUGGAGCAGUGCGAGCCGGAGAUCUGCGUGGCGCUGCUCAAGUUCCCCUCCGUGCAGACCUUCUCGGCAUUGAAAAAGAAACUGAAGAGCAGUGGCAUGGAGUGGAUGCAGGGUUUCCUGGACAACGAGGGCUUGGAGGCGCUGCUCGACUGCAUCGACUCCUUGGGCAGCCGGCGCGUGACGCAGCUGUCGGAAGCUUUGCUGCUGCUGGAGUGUAUGUCGUGUGUCAAGUGUGUCAUGAACUCUAAGCUGGGACUGGAGUCGUUGGUCCAGCGACCGGACUAUAUCUGCAGACUCGUCAAAGCUCUGGACACGACCAACGUGAUGGUGAAAAAGCAGGUGAUUGAACUGCUCUCAGCUCUCUGCGUCUACUCGGCAGACGGUCAUAGGCUGGCACUGGAGGCCCUGGAGACCUACAAGACAAUGAAGAGGCUGCGGUACAGAUUCAGUCUGCUGGUAGCUGAACUCAAGACCACGGAGCUGGUGGCCUACAAGACGACACUGAUGGCUUUCAUCAACUGCAUCCUCGUGUCUUGUGACGACGACCUGCAAGAACGCUGCCGCAUCAGAAACGAGUUCAUCGGCCUCAACUUGCUCGACAUUAUCCAUAGCUUGCGUAACGAGGACGACGAGGACCUCAUCAUCCAGUGUGAUGUGUUUGACGACGAGAAGACAGCCGACGACGAGGCCUUGUCUGCAGAGAUGAAUCUGGAUGUGGACGUGACCAAUCAUCGAGCUCUUUUUGACGCCGUGUUCCAGAAGGUCUACAAUACUCCCGCCGCUGACAUUUUCCUGCACAUUCUUCAGUCGUUACUGCAGAUAGAGCAGGAUAACAACGUGAGCGACUACCAGUGGAACCUUCUGGAACUUGCCGCGCAGAAGGCUCUUCAUCUGGACGCCGCGCGGCUAGAGAAGAUCGACCAGGGCGCGCUGGACAAGUUGCUGGCGCCACCUGACGGUCGGCGGUUGGUCAGGCCCGUGGACAGCGCAGAGAAAUGCAUGCAGACAGAGGAGGCUGCGGACAGCGUGGUGUCACCCUCUACAGGGGAGCAAGUGGCCCUCUCUCCGCCAGUCUCAGAACUGUCUAACUGUGCUCCAUCCACUCCACCACCUCCUCCAGGCGUGGGUGGAAUUCCUCCACCGCCCCCACCGCCUCCACCUCCCCCUGGUAUGGGCGGAAUUCCUCCACCACCUCCACCUCCUCCACCUCCUCCUGGUAUGGGUGGAGUCCCACCACCUCCACCUCCUCCUCCACCUCCUCCUGGUAUGGGCGGAAUUCCUCCACCACCUCCACCUCCUACUGGUAUGGGAGGGGUCCCACCGCCUCCCCCUCCUCCUCCACCUCCUCCGGGUAUGGGCGGAGUUCCUCCAACCUCCACCUCCUCCUGGUAUUGGUGGAGUUACGUUACCACCUCCGCCACCUCCUCCUGGCGGAUUUCCUCCCCUCCUCCAGGGUCGAACGGGGUGCCGCGGCCCCCAAACCUGGCCUUCGGGAAGCCGGCGGUGUCCGCCCUCAGCCCCAUCACCACGCCUCUACCCAAGCACAAGAUGAAGACCUUCAACUGGUCCAAGCUUCCGGCCCAGGCGCUAAGCAACGACGAUAAUGUGUGGAAGGAAGUUCUUGAGAUGGGCGACCAGAUCACUGUCAAGUACGACCUUAUAGAAGAGCUCUUCUGUCAGAAGACAGCUCAAGCAGCCAAGCCGGAGGAGCAGCCAAAAGCUAAAGCCCCCACAGAGGUGAAUCUCCUUGACACCAAGCGCAGCAUGAACGCCAACAUCUUCCUCAAACAGUUCAAGGCGUCGAACGAAGAGGUUGUGCAGAUGAUCAAGGAGGGACAGCAGGUUCGCAUUGGCGCCGAACGUCUGCGAGGCCUGCAGAAAAUCCUGCCGGAGAAAGAUGAGGUGGACAUGAUCCAAGCUUACAAUGGCGACAAGGACAAACUGGGCAACGCUGAAAAAUUUUAUCUGUUGCUGUCCCAGCUACCUGGAUACAAGAUGAGAGUGGAGGGCAUGCUUCUUAAGGAAGACUUCCGUGUGGCCAUGGACACGCUGAAGCCAAACGUUGACGUCAUCAUCCGGGCAGCUGAGGGGCUGAUGGACAGCGAGACGCUGAAGGCCUUCUUGCGCUUCGUGCUUCAUGCGGGCAAUUUCAUCAACGCUGGUGGCUACGCAGGCAACGCACUGGGUUUUAAGAUCACAUCGCUGACCAAGUUGAUGGACACCCGCGCCAACAAACCGCGAGUCACCUUGCUGCAUCACCUGGUGGAGGAGGCGCAGAAAGAGGGGAAAGACGUUCUGGACUUUGCCAGCGACCUCCUACAACCCCUCACAGAGGCCAGCAGGCUGUUCCUGGACAACCUAACAGGGGAGUGGAAGCAGCUGGAAGCAAGCGUCCAGAAGCUGGAGCGUGAAGUUUCGUCAAGAGAACCGGAGGUUCAGAAUCAGUUCGAGAAGUUCAUUAAGGGGGCCACAGAAGAACUUGCUGACGUCCAAGAAAAAUUGGAGAAAGUGAAAGUACUUACUCACAAGCUUUGCGCCCAUUUCUGUGAGAACGAAAAGGCGUUCAAAUUAGAGGAAUGUCUCAAUGUCUUCAAGAACUUUUGCGAGAAGGUCGUCCAGUGCAAAAAAGAAAACGAACAGCGGAAACUGCAGGAAGAGAGAGCAGAGAAACGACGCAAAGAACAAGAAGCCAUGAAAGCCAAGAGCAAGGAUGACCGCAAUGAAAGCUCCAAGGCGGGGACAAGGCAGUCAAGACCCGUUGCGCGAUUGGCCAUUGGAGAUAAACGCAAAGAUAUCAAAGCUCCACGGGAGGACGACGGGUGUAUUGUCGACCGGUUGCUGAGCGACAUUCGCAAGGGCUAUUCGCUCCGCAAGACCACACCACCAGGAGGCAGGAGAGAUGCCCUGCCAAAGGGCAAGGUCCUGCCUUCUCCAGCCAAGGUUUCCGAAACUACAGCAUCUCCGGAGGACAGUUCCAAAAGUGAAAUGGUUAACGGGGACAUGGUGACUGGUGCUGAUCCCUCCAAGGAAGCGACUGAAGUCUCUUCCAAAACGGACAGUGAUGGUUCCACCGUUCUUGUAAACAACGAAUCAGCGUGUUGAUAAGAUUUGAAUUUGUGCUGGUUAAAUCCUAAGUGCGCAUGCCUUGUAAAUCUUGGAUUUCUUUUCACUAUGCUCAUAUCUACGAGGGAAGCUGUCCUCCAGUGAUGCUUACUGACAGGUUGUUAUGGAUAAAAAGGGAGAAGCAGCGUGAUUGAAAAAUGGUGCGUGGAGAAUCGUCCUACCUCUGGUAGGAGCUGUCAUAAAACAUCAGAAAUUAUUUGGAAGCCACUGAACUGGUGAGAUUGGCGUCAGAAAAGAAUAUAAACAGGCAAAGAACUGAACUCUGUGAACAGUGGACAUCAAUUUCCCCACCCAGGACGAUGUGACCCCUGAAAAAGGGUCAGGAAAGGUGUGUUCGUGUGUGUGUGUGAGAGUGAGAGAGAGGAUGUCACGUGCGAGCAGGUGCGUGCCUACGCGCAACCAACGUGAGUUGCAAGACGAACGACGAGGAAUGAAUGAUGCCCCACACAAGCCUGAGCAAGGGCAGAGCCUGGCUUUCCAUCCUUCAUCAUUUUUUGCUGAAGCAUCUUCCUUUCCUAACAGAUAUUUAAACAUUUAGAUUCUUCCACAAAAUGUUGAGUGUCCAGAAAAAUCUUAACAGAAACUUCUGGACAUCCUGCAGUUGUGAAAAAAAGCUGUUAGUGGGUUCUGUUUGUUCGCUGUUUUCCCUUGAAUGACUUUUUCUGUACUUAAUCCCUCUCGUCUGAAGGUAAGUAGAGAUGGUCUGUGCUUGUUGGGCGAUUCUGAGGGACUUUCUGGACCUUUCUAGACACCUGCUCCUUUAGAGUGCUGUAUAUAAUACUCCAGGGUUGAUUACCCUACUGUUACACUGUUACAGCCUUUAAAGGCAUUUAAAUUUUAAAGCCAUGAUUCCCUUGCCACCUUUUCGAGAGAGUAUGUCGUUACAAGAGACAUUAAAGUGCUUAAAAUAACAUUUUUUUGGUUUUAGCAUUUACACACGUUUUUAUGUAUUUUAAAUUUUAUUGUCCACAUAGGAUUGUUUUAUGGAAAGAGUCCAUUUUUUUCCAAGAAAGUUUAUUAAUAACUGUUUGCACUUUU